UUUGUACAAAGUAAUAAAAAGGACAAUAAAGUCAUUUUCAAGAAACUCUAUAGUUUCUCCAUUAAGUUGAAGCUGAAAAUAUCUGUCACCCAUUAUCAUAUUCAAAAAAUGGAUAGUUAGAGCCAUACUGUUAUUUUGACUGAGAGAGAGAGAGAGAGAGAGAGAGAGAUCUGCUAGCUAAGCUUCCCACUCCCCCAAUCCCAUCUCUAUAAAUGGUAAUCUUUUCCUUAAUUUCCUUCCCAUUGAGUUUCCUAUCUCGUUCCUUUUUUCUUCAUCACUUCCACAAAGCCAACAUAUAAACACCAAAACCAACUUAUAAUUUAUACCACCUCAACACAACAAAAAAGAGAAACAGAUACAUAUAACCUAUAGCUAUAUAUCUAUAAUCUUUCUACCUUUGUUCAUCGGCAAAACAUUUGAUAUCUUUGUGCAAACGAUGGUGAAGACAACCACAGAGCAGAAGAAGAUCCAGAAAGAAGCACCGAAGGCAAUGUCAUCAUCAUCAUCAUCAGGAAGCAAUAACAACAAAAAGAAGUACAAGGGAGUGAGGAUGAGAAGCUGGGGUUCAUAUGUAUCAGAGAUAAGGGCACCUAAUCAAAAAACAAGAAUAUGGUUAGGCUCUUAUUCUACACCUGAAGCAGCUGCAAGGGCUUAUGAUGCAGCACUUCUGUGCCUCAAGGGCUCUUCUGCAAAUCUCAAUUUCCCAAUCAGUCCUUCCUCGUUUCAUCAUAUUCCUCCUCAGGACACCAUUUUGUCUCCCAAGUACAUCCAGAGAGUAGCUGCUGCUGCCGCCAAUAGUUUUAUUGACAAUAAUGCCCCAAGCACUGCCACUAGUGCACCAUCUUCUCCUCCUCAGCCUCAUUCUUCUUCCUUUUCCGCAUCAUCAUCAUCAUCAUCUUUGGUUUCAUCCCCAUCUUUGUCCUCAUCAUCACCGUCUGAUCAACUUGACGACGACGUUUCGUUGAUUGGGACCUACAUGCGUGGUAUUACCUAUGAUGAUCAUCAUGACCAACAAGGAAAUAUUGAACUAAUGGCUAUGAUGGAAUCGUGGUACAACUUUGAUAACCUACAAUCACCCAAGUAUGUUGAUCAGAUGCUGAAUGGUGCUCUUUUUGGUCCAUCUCUUAUAGAUGAUCUCUAUGAAGAAAGCGAUAUUUCUUUGUGGAGCUUCUGCUGAUUAAAGAUGACCAUUAUAGAGAUUUUUGUAUUUACUAAACCAAAACCCAUAUAUCAUUCUUUUAAUCACAUCCAUUCAUUUUUUUUUUUCCCCAUUGAUAAUGAUCUUUGAUUUAUUUGUUAAAGAUAUAUUAUUACUGACAGUGACAAGAAAAAAUCAUAUGAUAUAUUAUAUAUUUGUUAGUAUGAAUUAUAUUAGCUGUGGGAAGAACAAAUUCAUUUGGCGAGAUGAGACCUUUUUUUUCCCCCCCUUUGACUCUCUCGAUCAUGUGGGUUUCUUUGUAAUUUAAUUAUUUGGAUUUUAUGUAUCAUUAAUGCAAAUUAAGUGUUUCAUAUUUCGAAUGUUAUCAAUAUCGGUAUUUAUAUUGUAAUCCAAUAAAAUUACAUGGAGAUAGAUUUAUUUAUUUUUUUAAAUUUUCAA